AGAUUUUAUGCCACGAUGAGGACUCACACACGGGGGGCUCCCAGUGUGUUUUUCAUAUAUUUGUUUUGCUUUGUGUCCACUUAUAUCACUGACGAGAACCCAGAAGUCAUGAUUCCUUUCACCAAUGCCAACUAUGACAGCCAUCCAAUGCUGUUCUUCUCCAAGACAGAAGUAUCUGAGCUCCAGCUCAGGGCCACCGGUUCACACAAGCACAUAGCUGCCAGGCUCACAGAAGCUGUGCAUGCCAUGUUGUCUAGCCCCUUGGAAUACCUUCCUCCCUGGGAUCCCAAGGACUACAGUGCUCGAUGGAAUGAAAUUUAUGGCAACAAUUUGGGUGCAUUGGCAAUGUUCUGUGUGCUGUAUCCUGAGAACAUUGAAGCCCGAGACAUGGCCAAAGACUACAUGGAGAGGAUGGCAGCGCAGCCUAGUUGGUUGGUGAAAGAUGCUCCUUGGGAUGAAGUCCCGCUUGCUCACUCCCUGGUUGGUUUUGCCACUGCCUAUGACUUCUUAUACAAUUACCUGAGCAAGACACAACAAGAAAAGUUUCUUGAAGUGAUUGCCAAUGCCUCGGGUUAUAUGUAUGAAACUUCAUAUAGGAGAGGAUGGGGAUUUCAAUACCUGCACAACCAUCAGCCCACCAACUGCAUGGCUUUGCUCACAGGAAGCCUGGUUUUGAUGAAUCAAGGGUAUCUUCAAGAAGCCUACUUGUGGACCAAACAAGUUCUAACCAUCAUGGAGAAGUCUCUGGUCUUGCUCCGAGAGGUGACAGAUGGUUCCCUCUAUGAAGGUGUUGCAUAUGGCAGCUACACCACUAGAUCCCUGUUUCAGUACAUGUUUCUUGUUCAAAGGCACUUUGACAUCAACCACUUUGGCCAUCCGUGGCUUAAGCAACAUUUUGCAUUUAUGUAUAGAACCAUCUUGCCAGGAUUCCAAAGAACAGUGGCUAUUGCAGACUCAAAUUAUAACUGGUUUUAUGGUCCAGAAAGCCAAUUAGUGUUCCUGGAUAAAUUUGUCAUGCGUAAUGGCAGUGGUAACUGGCUGGCUGACCAAAUUAGAAGGAGUCGUGUGCUGGAAGGUCCAGGGACCCCAUCCAAAGGGCAGCGCUGGUGCACUCUUCACACAGAAUUUCUCUGGUAUGAUGCCAGCUUGAAAUCCAUUCCUCCUCCAGAUUUUGGCACGCCUACAUUGCAUUAUUUUGAAGACUGGGGUGUUGUGACUUAUGGAAGUGCUCUGCCUGCAGAAAUCAAUAGAUCUUUCCUUUCCUUUAAGUCAGGAAAACUUGGGGGACGUGCAAUAUAUGACAUUGUCCACAGAAACAAAUACAAAGAUUGGAUCAAAGGAUGGAGAAAUUUUAAUGCCGGACAUGAACAUCCAGAUCAAAAUUCAUUUACUUUUGCUCCCAACGGUGUGCCUUUUAUUACUGAGGCUCUCUAUGGGCCAAAGUACACAUUCUUCAACAAUGUCCUAAUGUUUUCUCCAGCUGUGUCAAAGAGCUGCUUCUCUCCCUGGGAGGGUCAGGUCACAGAAGAUUGCUCAUCAAAAUGGUCGAAAUACAAACAUGACUUGGCAGCUAACUGUCAGGGGAGAGUGGUUGCAGCAAUAGAGAAAAAUGGGGUGGUUUUUAUUCGAGGAGAAGGUGUGGGAGCUUAUAACCCCCAGCUCAAGCUGAAGCAUAUCCAAAGGAAUCUGAUCUUGCUGCAUCCACAACUGCUGCUCCUUGUAGACCAAAUUCACCUAGGAGAGGACACCCCUUUGGAAUCCAUGGCAAGCUUCUUUCACAACGUGGAUGUGCCUUUUGAGGAGACAGUGGUAGAUGGGAUACAUGGGGCAUUCAUCAGACAACGAGAUGGUCUCUAUAAAAUGUACUGGAUGGAUGAUACAGGCUACAGUGAGAAAGGAACCUUUGCUUCAGUGACUUACCCUCGGGGAUAUCCCUACAAUGGAACGAAUUAUGUGAAUGUUACCAUGCACCUCCGAAGUCCCCUCACCAGGGCAGUUUACCUCUUCAUAGGGCCAUCUCUAGAUGUUCAGAGCUUCAGCAUUCAUGGAAACUCUCAACAGCUGGAUGUGUUUAUAGCUACCAGUGAACAUGCCUAUGCCACUUACAUUUGGACAAGUGAUACCACAGAACAGUCUGCCUUUGCACAGGUCAUUGCAGACCGUCAGAAAAUUCUCUUUGACCAGAGUUCAGUCAUCAAGAACACCAUUGUCCCAGAGGUGAAAGACUAUGCUGCAAUUGUGGAACAGAAUCUGCAGCAUUUUAAACCAGUGUUCCAACUGCUAGAGAAGCAGAUCCUAUCUCGAGUCCAGAACACAGCAAGUUUUAGGAAGACCGCUGAACGCCUACUGAGAUUCUCAGAUAAAAGACAGACAGAGGAGGCCAUUGAUAGGAUUUUUGCCAUAUCUGAACAGCAGCACCAGCAAAUCAAGUCAAAGAAAAAUCGAAGGGUAGGCAAACGCUAUAAAUUUGUGGAUGCUGUCCCUGAUAUUUUUGCACAGAUUGAAGACAAUGAAAAAAAGAUUCGACAGAAAGCUCAGAUUUUGGCACAAAAGGAACAGCCUAUAGAUGAAGAUGAAGAAAUGAAAGACCUUUUAGAUUUUGCUGAUGUAACCUAUGAAAAACACAAAAAUGGUUUUAUAAAGGGCCGGUUUAGAGCGGGACGAAUGGUGACAACUCACAGCAAAGCUCCAUCACUGUCUGCUUCAUACACCAGGCUGUUCCUGAUUCUGAACAUAGCUAUUUUUUUUGUCAUGUUAGCAAUGCAACUAACUUAUUUCCAAAGGGCCCAAAGCUUACAUGGCCUAAGGUGUCUUUAUGCAGUACUUCUAAUUGACAUCUGCAUUCUGUUAUGGUUAUAUUCUUCAUGUUCCCAAUCACAAUGUUAGUACUGAAGCUGCAAAUGUUGAACCAUAUUGUGAUUA